AUGCCUGCUGACACCGUCGGAAAGACUAUUACCUGCAAGGCGGCCGUCGCCUGGGAGGCUGGCAAAGACCUCACCAUCGAAGACAUCGAAGUUUUACCUCCGAGAGCUCACGAAGUCCGGAUUCAAAUCUACUACACCGGCGUGUGCCACACUGAUGCAUACACCCUAUCCGGCAAAGACCCCGAAGGUGCCUUCCCGGUCGUCUUGGGACACGAGGGUGCAGGUAUUGUGGAAUCCGUGGGUGAGGGCGUCACAAACGUGAAGCCGGGUGACCAUGUCGUUGCUCUCUACACCCCGGAAUGCCGGGAAUGCAAGUUCUGCAAGUCGGGCAAGACCAACUUGUGCGGAAAGAUUCGGGCCACCCAGGGUAAGGGUGUCAUGCCCGACGGGACGUCGAGAUUCAAGUGUAAGGGCAAAGACCUCCUGCACUUCAUGGGCACGUCCACGUUUUCUCAGUACACCGUGGUUGCGGACAUCUCGGUGGUCGCCCUGACCGAGAAGGCACCUAUGGAGAAGACCUGUCUGUUGGGUUGCGGUAUCACCACCGGAUACGGCGCGGCUGUGAUCACGGCCAACGUCGAGAAGGGCUCCAACGUUGCCGUUUUCGGCGCGGGCUGUGUCGGACUUUCCGUCAUCCAAGGUGCCGUUAAGAACGGUGCCGGUAAGAUCAUCGUGGUGGAUGUGAACGACAAGAAGAAGGCUUGGGCUGAGCAGUUUGGCGGCACCGACUUUGUCAACCCCACCAAACUCAAUGGCCAAACCAUCCAAGAGAAGCUGAUUGAAAUGACCGACGGUGGUUGCGAUUACACCUUCGACUGCACCGGAAAUGUGCAAGUGAUGCGGGCCGCCUUAGAGGCAUGCCACAAGGGCUGGGGUCAAUCCAUUAUCAUCGGUGUUGCCCCUGCUGGUGCCGAAAUCUCGACAAGACCCUUCCAACUCGUCACCGGCCGUGUCUGGCGAGGCUGCGCCUUCGGUGGUGUUAAGGGCCGAACCCAGCUUCCAGGACUGGUCCAGGACUACAUGGACGGAAAACUGAAAGUCGACGAAUUUAUCACCCACCGUCAACCCCUAGACAAGAUUAAUGAGGCUUUCCACGACAUGCACGCCGGAGACUGCAUCCGCUGCGUGGUGGACAUGGGAGCCAGUAAAUGA